AUGGGUUGCUUGUUUUAUGAAAGAUUUGAUUGGUUGAUUGGUUUAAUGUUCAAACUUGUAGUUUUGGCAGGUGAUGGCAACGAAGACACUAAGAUUGAAGGAGAAGAGAUUUCAAAACUUGUUUUCAAAGCAUCCCAUGAAGCUAAACUUAAGGAGCUACUGCACAAUGUUAAUUCCAUUGAGUUUAAAUUAUACUCUGAUGCUACAAAAGAGUUCAUUAAGUUACUUAGAGGCGAAUCAGGAGCUGAAUUGCUCCAUCUCUAUGUACAGAGUUCAUCCAAGUUGAUAGAGCUUCUAGAAGCAUGGAAGCUUCAACAAGGAAAACCUGGAAUGUCAUACAUCUUGUCUCUAAUAUCGGCUAUUUUGAGUCAUCCGGAUGGGAAAUAUAAGCUGAAUGAUAGGAAUAAUAUUGGUGUUAGUAGGGUUAUUGAUAAAUUCACUCGCUUGCUUGUUGAAGAAAAAUUGGAGGAUAUAUACAAGGAAUUGAAUAGUAAGGAAGGGAAACGCCAAAAUGCUGCACUUUCGUUGUUGGCAUCAAUGGUUAGGCGUGGUGCGGGUCUAGCUUAUGAGAUUGCAAAGAAAUUUGAUUUCAAAAUUCAGGGAUUUUCAAAGCUUGCAGAGUAUAAGCGGAAGAAUGCUGACAACAAAAGGAAGCAUUCAACCAGAAAGGCAUUUGUUGGUUUUGCAAUGUCUUUUUUGGAGGUUGGAAAACCCGGAUUAUUGAGAUGGGUUCUGCAGCAGAAGGAAAUGUAUUCGGGCGUCCUCCGUAUGCUCAAUAAUGACGAUGAGGAGACUAUUAUUCUUGUUUUAACUGUACUGCGGGAUAGGAUUCUUACCAGAGAGUCACUGAUACCACCUGGUCUACGGAGUGUUCUCUUUGGGAGUGUCACUUUGGAACAGCUAAUUGGCAUAUCUGCAAGAGAGGAUUGUGGACCUGCAGCAGAAUUGGCUUAUAAUGUUUUAGUUGUAGUUUGUACGGAUCCUUGUAAUGGAUUAAUGCCAGAUUUAAAGAGACGUCCAAAUCCAUUGAGAGGUAAUCCAAGGAGAUUAUUGGGGCUCAUGAAGAAGCUAAAAGCAACGGAAAUUGCUUAUCACAGAGACUUACUUUUGGCCAUUUUUAAAGGAAGACCAUCUUUAGGUUCAGCAUACAUGAGUGAAUUCCCUUACAACCUUGAAGAUUACACAUCACCCACCUGGUUUCCUACUGUUUCUCUGGCAGCAAGCUUGAUUUCUUCAAUGGGCAUGUGCACUCCUUUUGACCUCCUUGCUUCUCAGUCUUAUGAUGUAGCUUCGUCUGGUACUGCUAAUGUGCAAAAUAUUAUGAGUUGUAUUUGUCCUCGUUCAUUGAGCCGAACAGUAAUCAAUAAAGGAUUGCUUCAUUCUGAUGUCCUUGUAAAGCAUGGAACUUUGAGACUUCUUUUGGAGGCAUUGAAGUUGUUGGAUUCUUUAAUUACAAUGUUAAACUGUCAUUUUGACUCAGAUAGUCAGAUGAUGCAUAAUUGGGGUUCUCUUAAGCAGGAAAUUCAGAACGAAGCACGGAGUUUGCUUCCUGAUUUUCAGGUUUUGUUAACUUUACUUUCCUCACUUAGUGGCCGUAAUAGAAGUCAAAAGUUGAGUCUAAAGAGAAAAAUGAAUUUGGAAAAAGAUUGUGAGCAUAGCAGUAAAGUCACAAAGAAAUCAAAAAAGGAUGGCAUGAGUGAGAACGUGGAUAUCAUCAUAGGAGGGAUGAGUUCUGCACUUCUGCCAGGGGAUGAUGAACAAAUUGUUGAUGCACUUAUUAUGGUUGAGUCAGACACUAAAAAGGAAUUUGUGAAUGUUGUUUCUGAGAUUUGGGCUCUGGAUCUAUGCUCCUUCCCUAUUAGUUCACCAGAAGAUGCAGAGAUAUACUUUCAGUCCAAGCUUCUUGAUGCUCUCAAAAUUUACCUUCGGACUGUGCACAAUGUGUUGGAAGGUUCAUUUGAUUUUUUUAUGAAUUUUCUGAGCAACCCUCUAGCAUUAUCAGCUGGUUUGCAGCGCUCUUUCUUGUCUUUGCUGAACGAAUACGUUGGAUGGUCUCCAGGGAGUGGAAUUUCCAUUAGACCCCCACCUCUGAUGUACAAGCAUUUGCAACCAUUUAUUAACUUGUUAAUUCUGUCACCAGCUUCUGACAUCAGAGAUCUAGCAUAUAAUUUGGCACGAGCAGCUAUGUUAAGUACUGGUGCCUUUGACAGAGAUCUAAAUGAAGUUGGUGCAUGGUUUUUAUUUUUACCUGGCUAUAGUCGACUUCUAGUCGAAGGGGUAGAUGCUGCACAGAGCUUGUCUUCAGUUGUUGUGUCAUUCUUAUGUGAUGCUGUUUCUACGAUUGGGAAUAAUUUAUUCAAGUAUUGGGAUCUUGUCAGGCACCAUGUUUCCCGUUUGAAAGGUUUUAAAGGUGUAUCUGCUGAUUUCAGUCCCCUUAUUGUAUGUGUCCUGCUUAAGGGUACAAGGUUACUGAGUUCCGAAUCCAAAUCUUAUACUUUACCAGAAAAGUCAAUUAUAUCACUAUAUGUGUCCAAUACUUUAAAGUAUCUCUUGCAAACUCAGGUGGAUGCUGGAUUGUUAUCUGCUUUGAUUCACUCAAUUUUGUCUGAGAGCUGUUUGGUUACUGAUGAUUUUGGGGAUUCAGUUUGUGAAUGGAGGCCAUUGAAAUCCUUGUUGGACUUUUCACAAAAUGUAUUACAUACAAAAGCUUGUUGCUUUUUCUCUUCUGGCAGAGAAGCUAAGGCUGCUGAUAGCUCUUUUGCAAGUACACUUGGUGAAGUGAAAAAGAUUAUAAGAAAUGAUCAUAUUGAUGAAAUGGCUGAAAUAAUUAAAGCCUUUUCUUCUGCAAUGUUAUGCACAACGGCUGAUGAGAUAUUGAAGAGCUUUCCACAGGUCAUAACCAUAUGCCGGACACUUUCUGGAGUUCCUACUUCAUUAUUAUCGUCAAUAGUCUUUCUAGAGCAAACACUUUUUACACGCCUUUCUAAGUUAUGGCCUGAAAUGUUUUCAUCUGCUUUGGAAAUGGCUGUAUUGAUGAUCCAUCAUGAAGGCAAAGAAGAUGGCACAUGUGGUGUUCCUGGUCGUUCUUUAUCUGCUGAAGAAACGGUAGAUAUUGAUGGGAUCCACUCUGUUGCCUCUGCAUUUUGUUUCUUUCUGAAGCAAAUGCCUUUUCAUGUGUUAUUUCCUGCAAUUAUAAGUGUUGAUAUUCUUUGGUUUUUGGAGCCUUCAAAAAUUAAGAACUUGCUUUUGGCUAGGAUAUCCGAGUGUGCAACUGAUUGUCUCCUUCCCUAUAUGCGCCUUGUUCUAUUUUGGUUUUAUCAAGUGCGAUCAUCUUACAUAAUUGAACCAUUGGAUGGACUCAGACAACUUUCUGAAAUUUGUUUGGUUCUCCUAAAGCACUUAUUAUCUCAACUAUUGGUCUUGAAGCCUGAUUCUGAAUAUUCUAGAACUGCUCCAACUUCUUUAUCAGCUGAAAAUAUUCAAGUGGCUUCGAUCAUCUUCCAUCAUCCCAUUGUGAUAGCGUCAUUGUCCCAUCCUUUUAGUUGUGAUAAGGAAUUUACAGAGGGAAAGAUUGAGGUUAGUUUGAAGACUCUUCUGACUUUAUGCAAACAGAAUGUUCAUGAAAUAGAUCAUCAUGUCUUGGAUCUGUUGACAGCAACAUGUGAAAACUUCUUGUCCCACUGCCAACGUUCUAUUCCCAAAUUUGAAGGUGGAAAGAAGCCAUUUAUAAAAGCUUUUGGUUCCCUGGUCCAAAUGCUACUUCUAGAAUUCAGGAACAAGUUUGAUCUUUGUGUUGGGACUGAAUGCUUGAUGCCUCUUCUCCCAGCAUUUUAUGCUGUUCAUGCUUUAAUUCAAUUCAUAUCCCCUUUUCGGCUUCUUGAAUUAGUGCAUUGGAUGUUAAAUAGAGUUUGUGGAAAUGAAUCGUCUGUUGAAAGCUCUUUCAAGAUUUCUCUUCUCUCUAUUGGAUUUUGCAUUGUUGGUGAUGCUUUUGAAAUACUGUCCAUAUAUUUGCAUCAGCCUGUUUCGAAGAGAGCAGCUUAUGAAUUAUUUUGGGAAAUUGCAGGGAACAACUUUGAUAGUGAUCUUAUUGAGGGAAUCUAUGUAGAAGUAUGUAAUUUUGCCACCAACUUUGAGUUAGAUUUUGCAGAUGUUUGUUUGCUAAAAGUUGUUAAUGCUGUGUAUGGAUGGAAAAAUGUUCAGCAGCAUAAUCUUCAUCAAUUAAGCUUAGUGAUGUCAAGAGCUAUCCAAAAAACUCCUGUAGAAAUUGUCUCUCACUUUAUUUACAGAACAACCAUAGUAAGAGCUAAAUUUUUGUUCCUUUUGAGUGAGAUGAGUACCCUGCAUCUUUCAAUCUUUGGGCAUUUAUUUCUAAGUUUUUUGAAGCAAGGUUCAAUUAAUCAGGGAAGUGCGAAAAAAGGUUCACUUGUUAAGUGCAGCAUAAAAGAAGAUACUCGUAGAGAUGCUCUUAAAGAUGCAGAGUUUAUGAUGCUUCUGCCUACUGCUGUAUCAUAUUUGAAUUCAGUGCGUGUGAAAUUUGAGAAGAAUUUAAAGCAUUUUGUAGAGAUCACUUCUUUUUAUUCAAGGACGAUAUUAAAUGGUUUUCUUAACUGGAGGGCCUUUGUGUCUUGCUAUAUAUUUGAGGAAGAAUAUGAUGAACUCUUCACGUUGUCCACUGAGGAACUUCUCCAUUGUGCUGAUAGCAGUCUUCUCAUGAAAGCAGUUCGUAUGUUGCAAUAUCAUUUUGCAUGGAGUGGAGAUUCAAUGAAAAUGAAGAGGCGGAUAAAGCUAUUUAAUUCUAUUUUUCCUUGUUCAGAUGCAACUGAUGAUAUGCUGGACUGUGAUGUUGAUGAGAUGGAGUUUUUCUCAAUUAACAAGUUGUUAAACGUCUUCAAUAUGCUUGUUGCCAAAGUAGCAUUUUCUAAGAUGUUAUUAUUUCCAGAGGAUAGUCAGGUUUGCUCUCUUCCAGAUGAAGCAGAUAAGAAUUUGGAGGAAAUUUCUCUGGGAACAGGGUCUGCUAUAGAAGAUUCAUUAAGGAUGCGAUUUAUGAACAUUUUGGUGGGUACAUGGAAAUGUAUGGUCAAGAAAUUUACUUCAGUUUCUGAUGGUCCCAUGGAAGGAAAGAGUGCAGAUCAUCUGCGGCUUCACAAAUACUUUCAAGAUUUCAUCUUGAGAAGUAUUCUUGACUUUACCACAAAGAUGCACAGUCAUCUUAUCCAUUUGGAGUCUGUUCCCUUCUUAGAAGAGUUGAUGAGGUGUUCUCUCAUCUACAGGUUUGAGGACCCGGCAACAUUGAAAAUACUAGGAAACAUCCUAUCUCUGCUCUCUGAUGGAAAUUUUUCACGUGAUUUAUAUCUUCAACUGCUGCUUGCUCACUCUCAAUUUGCCUCGUCACUCCACUCUCUCAGAAAAUCAUUUGGCUCUUAUACUGGUACUUUUCUCAGGCCAAUGUCCAGCAUUCUGACAUCAUUUGCAAUUGGUCAUCCUAAUUCAAGUGCAGGAGAAGGCAAAAGUGAUUUGGCAACAUCUAAGAUUUAUUUAGAUGAUCUUAAAGAUGUCCAUGAAAUGGAUUCUCCUGAUCUUGGAAAAAUAAAACGAUAUGAUCCAGUUUUUAUCUUGCGUUUCUCAGUUCAUAGUCUGUCUGCAGGCUAUAUUGAACCUGUAGAAUUUGCUGGUUUAGGCUUGCUUGCAGUAGCUUUUGUUGGCAUGUCUUCACCUGAUGUUGGGAUGAGAAAACUGAGCUAUGAAACUCUUGGGAGAUUUAGCAAUUCUCUGGAGAAAUGCUCAAAGAAUAAAGAUGCAACACGACUUCAGCUUCUAUUGACAUAUCUGCAAAAUGGAAUAGAAGAACCAUGGCAGAGAAUCCCUUCUGUUAUUGCUCUGUUUGCUGCCGAGGCAUCUCUCAUAUUGAUGGAUCCUUCACAUGAUCAUUACCCAACCUUAACAAAGGUUUUGAUGCAUUCUUCUAGGGUGAAUUUGAAGGUCAUACCAUUGUUUCGGAACUUUUUCUGGAGUACCUCUGUGAAUUUCAAAAAAGAAAAGCUUUGGAUACUUCGCCUAGCUUAUGCAGGGCUAAAUAUAGAUGACGAUGCUCAGAUAUAUAUCAGGAACUCCAUUAUUGAGACUCUCCUGAGUUUUUAUUCUUCUUCUCUGGCAGACAUUGAAUCAAAGGAACUAAUUCUUCAGAUAGUGAAGAAGUCAGUUAAAUUGCAUAAAAUGGCUCAUUACCUAGUUGAACACUCUGGUCUACUCUCAUGGUUAUCAUCUGUUCUUUCACUUGUUAGUGGGACACUACUUUUUGGUGAAAACCAGUUUUCCUUGACACAACUCGUUCUGGUCACAGAGGUUGUCAAUGAUGUCCUCUCAUUCAGAAACAUUGUUGAGUGGUUGCAGAGAUAUGCCCUUGAACAGCUAAUGGAAAUUUCGUCGCAUCUGUACGGACUCUUAGUUGGUGGGUGGAUGUUGAUAAAGGAAAAUGUUGCACUUGUUCAUUCAAUUUUGCAGAUAUUGUUAACAACUCUAAAGAUAUCCCAGAAGAGGAAAAUAUACCAGCCACAUUUUACCUUAUCACUUGAGGGUGUAGUUAAAAUUUAUCGGGCUGUUACUGCACAUGAUCCAUCAAGAUCCAUUGUAAAUGCGGAGCUUGGACUUAAAGUGUUACUUAUGAGCACACCUCCCAGUGAUAUUCUCCACAUGGAUAAAGAAAUGCUUUCAAGUUUUCUUACGUGGGGAACCUCUGUUGCUAUGAUAUCUGACUCUAGACAAAUGUCUCUUCAAAGAGAAUUCAGUCUAAAUUUCAAGAGAGUCUUGGAGGAAGUUCCAUCUGAUGAGAGUUUGGUAUUAAAAUUUUUACGCUGGCUUGUAGCUGCUGUAAUUCUUGGUGAGCUUUCUUUUAAAGGUGUUGAAUUGAGCCCUUGCUUUUCAAGAAAGUCAAACGUGGACAAUCUGCAUGGUUUGUUGGAAUAUGUUCAAAGAGAAUGUCAAGUGAGCCGCAGAAGAUCUGAUUCCAGAGAACUAUUAGCUUCUCAAAUCUUUUAUGUCCAACAGCUUCUUGGGAUGAACAGUGGAGUGCUCUCUUCUUCUGUUUCUGCACUUUCCCUCUUGCUGUCUUGUGAUGCCUCCAUAUUUGCAGGAGAUAAGCCUGCCAUGGUGUCACUAUUGUUGAGGAUACAGUGCCCUCCUGAGGUUAAUCCUUCUUGGAGAUGGUCAUUUUACCAGCCGUGGAAAGAUCUUUCGUCGGAACUCUCUGAUCUACAGAAGAUUGAUGAACUUCAUGCUUGCCAGACUCUUUUACUGUUUUUUGCAAAUACGCUUGGAAAGAAGUCAUUAGAUUCACGUUUUUUAUUGCAUAAAACUUUGGAAAGUUGUGGUGUAUUUAAAUGGGAAAAAAAGUCUCAUAGAAUCUGAGUGAUAGUUAAGGCUAGUAGUCUGUUUAUGGCUCUAUUUGUGAUUGUAUUUAAACAUUGUUUUACUACACAAACACCAUUAAUUGUAUAUAUAAAUGAAAUGAAAAAAUGGAGAACAUGUUAAUAUCAGUCUCA